AUGUGCGGUGCAGCUUGUUUCGCAUCAGACCACACCGCCCCAACAGCACGUUACGGAACAGUUUCAAUUGUCACAUUCAAGGCGCUCAUGAUCAAGAACGCCUUGGUCGCAUGGCGGAAUAAAACGGCUACUUUCCUCCAACUCUUCGCGUCGUUCUUUUUCAUCUUCCUUAUCUUCGCGGUGAACGAGGCUCUCAAAGCCGCCAUAAAAAACAAGACCGAGUUCAAAAACAUCUACACUCCUGUUCCAAAAGCCGUUCCCGGUAUUCGGGCUUGCGAGAACGCGUUUUACAUCAAACCUCCGUGCUACGAUUUUGUAUGGAGCGGGAAUAACAGCGCGGUCGUCACCUCGAUCGUGAAAAACAUCACCCUGAACAAUCCGGGCCGUCCGAUCAAUUUCGACACCCAGGUCAUGGGCUUCGCAACCCCAAGUGACGUGGACGCAUGGCUGCUGGCGAACCCGUACAAAACCACCGGCGCGCUGCACUUCGCCUUCACGCCGUCCGGCGCGUUAGGCUACGGCAUACAAACGAACGCCACCGUUAAGAGCCAGCGCGGGCAGUUCGAAGACGCGACGUUCGACUACCAGGUGCCGCUUCAGGCGGCGGCGGAGCGCGAGAUUGCGCGUUACGUCGCGCAGGACUGGACGCUGACGUGGACGCCGUCGUACGCGGAGUUCGCGCACCCCGCCAUCAGCGCGUUUUCCGCCGUCGGAUCCGCCGGCGCGACGUUCCUCUUCGCCGCGGCGAUGUUCAGCUUCGUCACGCAAGCGAGCAACCUUGUAACGGAGCGCGAGCUAAAACUCCGUCAAGCCAUGUCCACAAUGGGACUCAUGGACUCAGUCUUCUGGCUCACCUGGUUCCUCUGGGAGGUUCUCCUCGCAAUCGUCUCCUGUAUCUUCCUCGUGUGCUUCGGCAUGAUGUUUCAAUUCGACUUCUUCCUGCACAACGCGUUUCUCGUCCUCUUCCUCAUGUUCUUCCUUUUCUGGCUCUCCAUGACCUCCCUCGCCUUCUUCGUCUCCACCUUUCUCCGGAAAGCCUCCACGGCCAACACCGUCGGGUUCUUCAUCUUCAUUAUAGGCUUCGUGCUGCAGCUGAUCGUUCUGUUUGGCGUGCCGUAUUCUAAGGACUACAGCAACGGCCUCCGGGUGGUCUUUAAUCUCUUCCCGCCCGAUCUCCUAGCCAUAGGGCUGAAAUACUUAGGAGACGCCACGGCCACUCCUGAGGAUCCCGGGAUUAAGCUGUCCGGGAUUGGCCAGUGCUCGCCGCGAAAUCCGGAAUGUGUGAUGACAAUGGCAGGGAUCUACGUCUGGCUGCUCGUCCUGACGAUCGUCUAUUUCAUCCUGGCCGUCUAUUUGGACAAUGUUCUCCCGGACGUGAACGGCAUCCGGAAGCCCUGCUUCUUCUUCCUCUACCCUUCCUUUUGGACCGGCCGAGCCUCGGCAGGCUCGGAAGAGGGGGGAAUCUUCUCGUGCUUCCGCAGGAAGGUUCCUGAGCUGGACCCGAACGACCGCGCUGAUGACGCUGACGUCAUCGAAGAGGAGGAGAAGGUGAAAGCAGCAGCAGCGGGGGGGGAAGCUGGAGAGGAAGCUGCCAACGUGUCAGUGUCUGUUCGCGGCCUGGUGAAGACGUUCCCAGGGCGUACGGAGAUGAAACGGUGCUGCGUGAUUAAGAAGUCGCCGGCGUUUCAUGCGGUGAAGGGGUCGUGGUUUGGCGUGGAGAAGGACAAGCUGUUCUGCCUGCUGGGGCCUAACGGCGCAGGGAAGAGCACCACCAUUCACUGCCUCACUGGCAUCAUCCCCACCACUGCUGGCGACGCUCUCGUCCUUGGUUCCUCCAUCCGCGACCCAGGCAGCAUGGCGGCCAUCCGCGGCAUCAUGGGCGUGUGUCCGCAGUUUGACAUCCUGUGGGACCGCCUGUCGGGCGCGGAGCACCUCUACCUCUUCGCGCGCAUCAAGGGGCUGGCCCCCGCGCACACGCACAAGGAGGUCGCGAGUCUGCUGGAGGAGGUGCGGCUGACUGAAGCGCAGAAGAUGCGCACGCGUGCGUACAGCGGCGGCAUGAAGAGACGAUUGUCGGUGGCUGUGGCAUUGAUCGGGGACCCCAAGGUUGUCUACCUGGAUGAGCCGACUACAGGCAUGGACCCGGUAUCCCGGCGCCAUGUGUGGGACAUAGUGGAGCGAGCCAAGAAAGGCCGGGCCAUCAUCCUCACCACGCACUCCAUGGAGGAAGCAGACAUCCUGGGCGACCGCAUCGCCAUUAUGGCUCGUGGCCGCCUGCGCUGCAUCGGCACGUCCAUCCAUCUAAAGAACCGCUUUGGCGCCGGGUUCAUUGUGACUGUCGGGAUUGGUGCGAAGGGAGGGACGGCUUCGGCGGUGGAUUUGCAAGGGGAUGGUGCUGCUAAGGCGGCUGUGGCGGAGAAGGCCGCUGCUGUGAAGGCUUACUUUAAGGAGAAGCUGGACGUGGAGGCAUCAGAUGAGUCCAAGGGAUAUGUCAAGUUCCUCGUGCCACGAGACAGGGAGCCCCAACUCACUGCCUUCUUCAAGGAGCUGAACGACUGCAGCAAGGAGCUGGGAAUCACCGACACACAGCUCUCCCUCUCCACACUCGAAGAGGUCUUCCUCAACAUUGCCCGCCAGGCCGAACUCGAAACCGCGCAAGCCGAAGGCCGGUUUGAAAACAUUGUGCUUCCCAAUGGGUCGUCGGUCCAGGUGCCUGUGGGUGCAGAGCUUGUCUCUCUGCCGCCCACAGAGGAGUUUCCCCAGGGGAGCCUGAUUGACACUUUCGGCGCCACUUUCGUGCAGCAGUUCGCGAACGCAGAGGACGACCUUGACCACAGCAGGGCAGCCGGGGGAGCAGGCGGCGCCGGGAGCGCCGCCGCCGCAUCCGGCGGUGGCGGUGGCGGCGGAGGAAGAGUCACAGCGUCCAGCGCCAUAGAGCUCAGCGUAAGAAGCGGAGAGAAGGACGAAAAGGAUUCGGAUAGAGAGGAUUCGUCUCGUUCGCACCAUGGGAAGAGCCGAGCAGCGGAGUGGACGCGAGAGGUUGGGAGAGACAUGGGCCGCGAUUGGAAUAAAGAGCGGGAGUGGGGCCGACCGCCUGCAAGCUCCUCCGCAGGCGGAGAUAGGGCAGCGGGAGGUGCGGCGGGAGGUGCGGCGAGAGAUGCGGGCCGGGAGAAACCCCGAGUGGUGGACGAUACACUAGAAGACGACGACGAUAGCCCUGCCGACCCGGAGGUGCUAUCGAGAUGGAAAUAUGGCACGCCUACAUCGGCAUGGUACGCGACGCGCUUUAAUAAGCGCAGACGGAACCCCUGGGCAAGCGGCGGGCACGGGCCCGGCGCUAAGAGCGGGCGGGGAGGAAUUUUAAGCUUUUCACUUAGCGGCGUGGAUUUGGUGCUGCUGCUGCUGUUGAUGCUGCUUCUGGUGUAUGUUCACGAACAGGACCAUCGCGGGUGCGACGUUUUCGUUGACGACCUCGAGUUUUUGCGAAAGCAGCUGUUUCACUGUAGAGCGGAGAGUUUCGACCUAAAGAAGCAGCUCAAUAACGCGUACCGCGGCCGCGCGUGGUCCGCGUGGCAGCACUGCGGCGCCAGUCCCGCGCAGAUGUCCGCCUAUUACAACUACACCCCCGGCAGCACGUGCCCGCCCGUAACAGUUUCGGUUACCAGCGGAGCUAGUGGCGGCUCCCGCGCGUUUGAAAGCGGUAUGGCGCAGCCGCCGCAGCCGCAACUUCAGGGAGAAUCUCAGGAACAGCAACAGAACCACCAGCAGCAGCAGCAACAACAACAGCAGCGCUCAGAGCAGUUCGGGCAGUCAAGGCAGUCAGAGGUAGCACGUGAGCAGUGGGAGCUGCCGCCAAGCUCUAGAUUAGACGAGGCUCUGCUUUUCGACGCGCGAUGCCUCGACCUCCCCCGCCGCGCCUGCUUCUCCGAUUCUUCACCCCUUUCGCUCUCCACCGCCGCAACUACCGCCGCGGACACGGUUUCGGGGGGCGACGUGGGCGGCGCCGCAGCCGGUGAAUCUGCCGAGCCGCCGUCGCGGGAAGCGGCGAGGUGGACGAAUCCCGAGGCGCGGAGCAUCGCGUGGGAGCUGUACGGCCCGUGCCGCGACUGGGAGUGCCUCAUGGCGCAGGAGGACCAGGCGGAGCGCGCGUGGCGCGGGGAUGGGCAUGCGGGGGGUGCGGGUGCCGAUGGCGCUGGCCCUGGCGGCGGCGGUGGCGGUGGCGGUGGCACUGGCAGUGGCGGGGUUGUGGGCCGAGGGGAUGCAAACGGGGAGGGGAAGGUAGCCGGGGCGGAAGGCGCGGAGGAGGGUUUGGAGAUCGGACGGCUGGGAUUGCCUGCUGCUGUUCGCGGGUGUUUGGUGUCGUGCUUUAACCUGUCUAAGGCCAGAGAGAGAGGUGCUCGUGGAGCAUACGGGGGCUACGGUGGCUUUGCAGAGGGUUCAGGGUUGUAUACUCAGGCAGUGCCAACAGUACCAGAAGGCGCAGCAGGAGCAACAGCAGGAGAAGAAGCAGCAGGGGCAGCAGCAGCAGGGGCAGCAGCAGCAGGGGCGUGGGGAAUGGAUGCAGUGUUGGCAGUGAAACCACCCGGAGGCAUCCGAGUUGGGGUGGACAUUGGAGGGGGCACGGGGAAUUUCGCUGCACUCAUGGCGGACCGAGGCGUUACAGUGGUUACCACUGCGUCCAAUCACGGCGCGCCCGUAAUGGAAGUGCUAGCACACAGAGCUCUCCCGGCCCUCCAUCUCCCUCCCACCGCCCGCUUACCCUUAUCUGACUCAUCAUUAGAUUUGAUUCACUGUGCGUUUUGGCCGGCAAUGCUCGCGCAUCCGCCUGCAUUGGAGUCAGUUCUGUAUGAUUGGGACAGAGUGCUUCGCUCUGGGGGACUGCUGUGGCUGGAACUGGUGCCCUUUUCCCGGCCGUUGAUUCGGAAGAUCCUGGCCGUUGCUGAGGUUGCGCAGUGGAAGAAGCUGAAGUGGGCGAAGGUGGCAGGUGGUGGGGGGGGUGGAGUGGGGAGGAGUGGAGAGGGGGGUGGUGAUCGCGGGGGUUGGUUGCUGAAUGUUUUGUUUGAGAAGUCUAUGAAGAGAGUACAGGAGGAAAAGAGGGCAAUUGCUGUCAUGAGUUGA